UUGAUAACGUAUAGUGUACAUCCACCCUAGACAUAAUCUGAUGCGAAUAUGUAUAAAGACGAUAUUGCUGAUUCAAUACAUAUGUAACAGUAACAAGUUAUAUACGUUACAAACAAUGUUUGUUUCUUUCAUCAUGUUUUGCAUGUGAACCGUAGCUCCAAAAAGUUGUAUCUAUUUAAUAUCUCAUCUAUCAAUCAUAAUUACAUAUUUUUAAUCCUAAGAUUCUCAGAGAGAGAUGGGUACGGUGUUGGAACAUGAUGUGGUGGCAGAGAAAGUGAGUAAUCACAAAGGAUGCUGCAAAUCAGGGCCAGGUUAUGCUUCUCCUCUUGAAGCCAUGUCUGGUCCCAGAGAGACUCUCAUUUAUGUCACUGCUGUCUAUUCAGGAACAGGAAUAGAGAAGCCUGAUUAUUUGGCUACAGUGGAUUUGGAUCCAAACUCUCCAACUUAUUCAAAAGUGAUCCAUAGACUACCUGUUCCUAAUUUAGGUGAUGAAUUGCAUCAUACUGGUUGGAAUUCUUGUAGCUCUUGCUUUGGAGACCCAUCGGCACAGAGGAGAUUUCUUAUUGCACCCGGUCUUGUAUCGGGUCGCGUACAUGUGAUUGACACAAAAACAAAUCCAAGGGCUCCUUCUUUGUACAAAGUUGUAGAGCCUGAAGAUAUCUUUCAGAAGACUGGGUUAGCUUAUCCUCACACAUCUCAUUGCCUUGCUUCUGGUGAAAUUAUGAUCUCGUGUCUUGGUGAUAAAGAAGGAAAUGCUGAAGGAAAUGGAUUUCUUCUUCUUGAUUCAGAGUUCAAUGUGAAAGGAAGGUGGGAGAAACCAGGGCACAGUCCAUUAUUUGGGUAUGAUUUUUGGUACCAACCGCGGCACAAUACUAUGAUUAGCACAUCAUGGGGUGCUCCUACUGCUUUUAAACAAGGUUUUAACUUGCAGCAUGUCUCUGAUGGACUUUAUGGGAGGCAUCUCCAUGUAUACAACUGGCCCGGGGGUGAACUGAAACAAACAAUUGACCUUGGUGAGAAAGGACUUUUACCCUUGGAGAUAAGGUUCCUGCAUGAUCCUGCUAAAGAUACAGGUUUCGUUGGAAGUGCGUUAACAAGCAACAUGAUACGAUUUUUCAAGACACAAGAUGGAUCAUGGGACCAUGAGAUUACCAUAUCAGUGGAACCAUUGAAAGUGCAGAACUGGUUUCUUCCCGAAAUGCCUGGACUUAUAACUGAUUUCCUGAUUUCUCUUGAUGAUCGGUUUCUGUACUUCGUAAACUGGCUUCAUGGAGAUAUAAGACAGUAUAACAUUGAGGAUGUUAAAAAUCCUAAAUUGACUGGUCAACUAUGGGUUGGUGGCCUUGUCCAGAAAGGAAGCCCUGUCGUAGCUGUUGUGGACGACGGUGAAACUUGGCAAUCUGAUGUACCAGAGAUUCAGGGGCACAAGUUGAGAGGGGGUCCUCAGAUGAUUCAAUUGAGCUUAGACGGGAAGCGACUGUAUGUUACGAACUCGCUGUUUAGUACUUGGGAUAAACAGUUUUAUCCAACGCUCUUAGAGCAAGGAUCUCACAUUUUACAGAUUGAUGUUGAUACUGAGAAUGGUGGUCUAAAAAUCAACCCCGACUUCUUUGUGGAUUUUGGAGCUGAGCCUGAUGGUCCUUCCCUUGCUCAUGAGAUGAGAUACCCUGGUGGUGACUGCACUUCUGAUAUAUGGAUUUAAGCUAAUGUAUCAUCAUUUUGUUGUAUAAAAGGUAUCUUUGGUGUAGUUGAAACUUAAAAUAAACACGAGAAAUACCGUGCUUGUUCAUCUUCAAUGAAUAGUGAUAUGUAUUGGAAUUGACUUGAGCUA